AUGAUUGACGGACUCAUCACCCAGAUACUGUCUUGGCAGGCAUACGUUGUCCUCCUUGGUGGGUUUUUACUGAGUUGCUUGAUUCGCAAAAUCCAAGUGUCAAACCAGAUUGCGCGGUUAGGGAGUAGGGCUGCAAAGGUCCCUAUCCGUCUCCCUUACGCAAUUGAUUUUAUUUACCAGUCUACAGUGGCUCAUAAGGCCAAUAAGGACCUUGAAUUUUGGGAACAAGCGUUCCGGAAAGCCAAGGGAGCACGGCAAGUUGAAUGCCUCCAAACCUCCGAGAUCGAUGCAGGCAUCUCGUCCCGAGUGAUCUUCACUGCAGACCCUGAAAACAUUAAAGCGCUUCUUACAGGCCAGUUUGCAGACUACGGAAAGGGGGAGGACUUCCAUCAAGAGUGGAAAGAAUUUCUAGGUGACAGUAUCUUCGUCACAGACGGAGAACUGUGGUCUCGUUCACGUCAUCUGAUUCGGCCGAUGUUCAUUCGAGAGCGAAUUGUGGACACCGAGAUUUUUGAGAAACACGUACAGGAUCUAAUUCCACUGUUGGAAGGUCAAGGCUCGUCUAGUCAUAGCAAGAUAGUCGAUGUUGGCCCUCUAUUUUUCCGCUAUACUCUCGAUACAGCAACGGACUAUCUCUUGGGCCAAGGCACAGAUAGUCUCCAAAACCCAGAGACCUUGUUUGCAGAAGCUUUCAGACGUGUUCAAAGCCGUCAGGCCGAGAUAUUCCGACUUGGUAUAUUCAAUUUUCUUCUGUCCCGGAAACAAUUCCGACGCGAUCUGAAGGUGAUGGACGACUUUUUACAACCGUAUAUCAACCAUGUGCUAUCGCUAUCCGCAGCAGAGCUAGACCGGAAGCUGUCCAGGAGGGAGACCUUCUUGGAAGCACUGGCUCGUUUCACAAGGGACCCACGCGUCCUUCGGGAUCAACUCGUGGCGAUCUUGCUGGCCGGGCGAGACACAACAGCUGUAACACUAGCCUUUUGUGUCUUUGAACUCUCCCGCAAUCCACACGUCGUCGCCAAACUCCGUAGUGAGAUCAACUGCCGGCUGGGGCUGGGUCCCAAUGGUCUAAAGCCAAGCUAUGCCGACCUGAAAGAGAUGAAACAUCUCAACGCGGUGCUUAAUGAGACGAUGCGACUAUAUCCGGUCGUUCCCUUCAACACCCGGCACGCCCUGCGCGAUACUACUCUACCUCGUGGUGGCGGACCAGACGGCCUCUCCCCGGUAGGUGUCCGCGCGAACACGCGAAUCAUCUAUUCUACCAUGAUCAUGCAACGUAACGCAGAGAACUACGAUCCACCGGUAUCACCCAACUACUUCGACCCACAGAAAUGGCUUCCUGAGCGCUGGCUGUCCGGCUGGCAACCUAAGCCUUGGCAUUUCCUUCCAUUCAAUGGUGGACCAAGGAUUUGCAUUGGUCAGCAAUUCGCCAUCAUUGAAAUGGGCUAUACUAUAGUCCGGCUUCUACAGGUCUUUGAGAAAAUCCAAGCAUUUCCCGCCACCGGCAAGGGGUGCGUGGAGGAUCCCGUGCUUCAAUUCGAGGUCACUCUCAGCCCGGGAUCUGAAAUGAAUUGUGUUUUUGCCAGAGGACAAGAGUGA